AUGGGUUUUUUUAAGAAGCGACAUGGGGAGAUGGCAGCCACAGAUGCUGGGGGCCGCAGCUUCGUGUGGCGGCUGCCGGGCUUCUCCAGCUUCAGGCUUGACACCGUGCUAGACAGCACGAACGUGGUGGCCUUCACCAUGGUCAAGUUUCACCUCCACAUGACGAUUGACAUAAGCGGCAACACUGGGCUGUACAUACAUUACAAGGCGACGGGCAUCCCCAAGUACUCUUACUACUUCUCGAACAGCCAGGGUGAGGUGAUGCGGCAGCAGACGGCCCACACCAUCCCCUCCAACACGAAACGAUGCGGCCACUGGAACACGUGUUGCCGUCCCGACAUUCUUGAGUUUAUCAGCGCUGACGAUGUGCUGCUGGUGAAAUUCGUUUUCGACGAUGACUGCCUGACGGUGAGCAGGACGCCGCAACCCAACGUGUUGCAGGUGAUCUGGAUGGUGCCGCACCUCUUCACGCAGAUGCUGAACCCGUACUCCUCGCAGGGGUUCUCGGCCGGGGGCGCCAACUUCGUCAUGCGGCUGGAGAUCAAAAAGGAGUUCGGCGCCAUCGACGCCGUGGGCCCGUACACCGUCGACAACAUCAAAGACCUCGUCUUCUUCCUCUUCUGCCGCAAGCAGGAGGUGCCGCCGCACAGCAUCGAGCUGCUCGACGGCAGCGGCGCCUGCAUUGCGAAGCUUGACAUGAAGGGAACCCCCGGCGUGCAGACGCUGACGGUGCCGAAGCAGCAGUUGUGGGACGCGCUCGGGAAUCAGGGGACGCUGACGGUGCGAGUUAAGCUUCAGUGCCGCUGCAACCCGAUUGACGCCCUCAACGCCCUCAGCGAGGCUCAGCAGCUGCUGCCGCAAGGCGAGGGGUCGCUUGCGGUGAACGCGACAACGCCGCCAGGGACGGUGCAGAUCGGCAGCAAGAGGGAGGAGUAUGUGGUGUUCCGCGGUGACGACUAG